UUAGUUUUAUUUUAUUCAUCAUACGCGUAAGAUUGUGAGAAGUUUUCUUCCUCAUUGUUUCCAUAUUUUUGGAUGAAAAUAAUAUUUUGUUGAGAGCUUGAGGUAAGCCGAUCAACAAAGAAAGUGACGAAACAUAACAGCCAACAAAUAACAGCAAUUGUCUUUCCUGUGCGACAACCAGACAAGCAAACAAAGCACAAAAAUUCAAAAUGAAAGCAUCAAUCAUGUUAAUUUAUAGUGCAGCAACAAUUGUUUUAUUACACCAAUAUGUCGUUGUUGCCACACCAGGAAGUUUCACAGACAAAAUAUCCGACGUUGGACGUUUGGGCUUCAAAGCAGGCACUGGAAUAAUUAAGAAAGUUCCUGAUUUAAUACCAACACCGGAAAAUUUAUAUUCAAUAUCGAAACAAACAUUGAUUGGAUUGCCAUUUGAGCUAGUUCUGUCAGGAAUUGACAAGCUGUGCUCAAUCGCACUUUCAGCGAACAACAGCACCGAGUCGUUUAAACAACCGAAAAAUGAGGAAAUAAAUUACGUCCUAUUGACAGAGAAUGAAAAUGUUUCAAUUCCUGUAACCGAUUCUAUUCUUUUAUGGGCACAUGAGAAAUUUGAUCCAUCGAAAAAAGUUGUUGUGAUGAUAACAGGAUGGAAUUCUGACAUAGCUUCAGAAAAUACAGCAGCUGAUGAAUUAUGGAAGGCGUACAAGUCGCGAGGCGAUACAAACUUUAUCUUAAUUGACACAGCACGUUAUGUCGAUACGCUUUAUGCAUGGAGUGCAUUCAAUACACAAGAACUGGGAAAAGCUGUCGGUUUGGGACUUGCUGAGCUUAUAAAAUAUGUUCCACUUGAAAAUAUUCAUGUUAUGGGUCACAGUUUAGGUGCUCACAUUGCGGGAAGUGCAGGCAAAACAUUCCAACAAGAGACUGAUAAACUUUUACCGAGGAUCACAGCAUUUGAUCCAGCAAAGCCAUGUUUUGGAGAAGGUGAAAGUCUCCAAGGAGUUGGACGAGGUGAUGCAGAAUUUGUUGAUGUUAUACACUCAGAUGCCGGUGGACUUGGAAAACCCGAAGCUAUUGGAGAUGCAGAUUUUUUCCCAAAUGGAAUUGUACCGUUAAUGCCAGGCUGCUUUACGAUUUUCUGCUCUCAUUCAAGAGCUUGGGAAUAUUAUGCUGAAACGGUGUACAAAGGCAAUGAGAAUAACUUUAUUGCUAGAAAGUGUGGCUCACUUCAUUCAUUUGAAAUCAAUGCAUGCAUCAGACAAGAGGUCCCAAUGGGCUAUUCAUGUCCAACGACAACGAAGGGAAAUUUCUUCUUAAAGACCAAAAGCAAAUUCCCAUUUGGCAAGAGUAACAGCGAGUGAUGCCUUAAUGCUGACGGAUGUAAAAUGACGAGUAAUCGUCUCAACGAAG